AUGUUCAUCCCAUUCCUUCCCCCUGAAAGACCUGUGAUUCUCAUCUUUGAUGGACAUGCCUCUCACCUGAACUUUGCCACAGUAAAGGAAGCCAUCAAACAUGAUGUGAUCAUCCUCAAACUGCCAUCCAACAGCAUGCAUGUUCUUCAGCCGCUUGAUGUAGGAGUGUAUGGGCCAGUGAAGACAGCGUGGGAGAACAUUCUUGUUUGGUUUGCCCAGCAGAAUCUGGGCAUGCCUCUCAAUAAAGAACUUUUUCCAAGUCUCCUCAAGUCCUUAUGGCAGUCAAACUGCUUCUCAGCAGGCAACAUCAAGGCAGGGUUCAAAAGGUGUGGGGUAAUGCCAUGGGAUCCCACACAGAUACCACCCUCUGUUUAUGAGCUGUCUGGUUCUUCAACAUCAAACGCAGAUGUGCUGUCUGUGCCUUCAACAUCAAGUGCAGAUGUGCCUUCCUCAUCAACAGAUGACCCACCCUCGCUUCUUUAA